CAUUUUCAAGAUGGCAGCCUCCAUGAGAAAUGCGGCUUCUCGAAUAUUUAUCAGAAAAAGUAUCUUACGGCCAAAUCAUAGGCCGUUUUCCUCCUGUCGACUGUUGUAUGAUGUGAGAGAAACACAAUAUUCACCCAGAGUUGUGCCUGUCCAUUCCACACAAAAUGGCCACCUAUCCUGGUCCCAAAUGCGCCAUUUUACUCAGUGGAGACACCUAUUGGCUGCUGAGUCUACAACAGAUGGCACCACAGAUACAGAAGCUCCCCCUAGUGAGCCUGAAGAAUACCACAGCAUUAUAACCAACACAGAGAGAGCAAAAGGUGCUGCUGAGAAACAAGAAUUCCAAGCAGAGACGAGGAAACUCUUGGACAUUGUAGCAAAGUCGCUCUACUCAGAGAAAGAGGUGUUUAUCAGAGAACUGAUCUCCAACUGUAGCGAUGCCUUGGAGAAGUUACGCUACCAGGCUAUGACGACUCCAGAUGUAGCUGAUAAGGACGUUCCACUUGAGAUUCACAUUGGAGUUGAUGACAGCAAGAAAACCUUUACAAUUCAGGAUACUGGCAUAGGGAUGAACAAAACAGAAAUGUUGGCAAACCUUGGAAUAAUUGCCAAGUCAGGAUCAAAGGAGUUUCUUGAAGAAUUGAAAGAUAAACCAGAUGUUUCCAGCAAUCUGAUUGGUCAGUUUGGAGUCGGCUUUUACUCAACAUUUAUGGUCGGGGAAAAGGUCGAUGUGUACUCUCAGUCACAUGAUGCUAAUGAACCUGCCCAUAAAUGGACAUCUGAUGGGACUGGUACAUAUGAGAUAUCAGAAGCAGAGGGUGUACAAAGAGGAACAAAGAUCGUGGUACAUCUGAAAGGAGACAGCUACGACUUUGCCAAGGAGGAUGUCAUUAAAGAUAUCAUCAAGAAAUACAGCAAUUUUGUCGGAGUUCCAAUUUACGUAAAUGGAAAGAAAGCAAAUGUUAUCCAAGCCUUGUGGACUUUAGAACCUAAAGAUGUCACUGAAGACAUGCAUGAAGAGUUUUUCAGAUUCAUCUCAAAUGCUUAUGAUAAGCCACGAUAUACGUUACAUUACAAAACUGAUGCCCCAUUGAACAUCAGAGCCCUCUUUUAUGUGCCCCAGUAUAAACCAACUUUGUUUGACAUGAGUCAGGACAGAGAAUCUGGAGUCACCCUGUAUUCUCGCAAAGUUAUGAUUAUGAACAAAUCAAGUCGCAUUCUACCUGCAUGGCUGAGGUUUGUCAAAGGUGUUGUUGACAGUGAAGAUAUCCCAUUGAACUUGAGUAGAGAACUUCUACAGGACAGCCAUCUUAUUAGGAAGUUACGGAAUGUAUUGACAUCCAGACUUAUUCGCUUCUUCCUGGAAAAAAGUAAAAAGGAUCCUGCCAGCUACCUAGAGUUCUAUGAGGACUAUGGUCUCUACUUUAGAGAGGGGAUUGUGUCUGAACCUGAACAAUCAGCCAGAGAGGAAAUUGCCAAACUAUUGAGAUUUGAGUCUUCUAAGAUGCCAUCUAAUGAACGUACCAGCUUUGAUGACUACAUUGAGAGAAUGGAGGCUGGAGGCAGGAACAUUUUCUACCUCCAUGCGCCAAGCCGAGCACUGGCAGAGGCAUCUCCAUAUAUGGAAGCGCUGAAAAAGAAAGACAUUGAGGUUUUGUUCUGUUUUGAGCCUUACGAUGAAAUGGUGCUUAUGAAUUUAUCGCAGUAUGCCAAGAAAAAUAUCCGAUCAGUUGAGAAUGAAGUCGUAGCAGAAGCACAAGAAGAUGCCAAAGUUGAUGAAUCUGAUGAGGGCUCAAUAUCCCAGACUGAUGCAGACUCAUUGGGUGCUUGGUUGAAGCUGACACUGGGUACACGGGUCAACAAGGUCAAGGUGACCAAUGCCUUGACAUCGACCCCCUGUAUAGUGACGGUACAAGAACUAGGUAUGAUGCGUCACUUCUUGCGUACUCAGCUUCAUGAUAAAAGUGACGAGGAGAAAUAUCGAGUUUUAAACCCAACAUUGGAAAUUAACCCAAGUCACCCAAUUGUUGUGAAACUUAACAGUAUCAGAGACAGCAAUCCACAGUUGGCCAAACUAGUAGCAGAACAGAUCUACGACAAUGCUAUGAUAUCUGCUGGGCUGAUUAUGGACCCAAGAACAAUUGUAGGACGCUUGAAUGACCUUCUCUCUAAGGCCUUGGAAAAGCAUUGAUAUGAAAUACUAUAGCAGAAUGUGAAAAGAUGCAGUGUAAUACAGUUAAACCUGUAUAUCUGAACUCCUCUCUAAACUAAACACCUCUCAGUAUGAACUGUUUUCUUGUCCCAUACUUUUUAAAUUGCCAUAAAUUACAUGUACCUUGAAAUGCGAACCCAAUUUUGGCAAGCCCCAGCAGUGUUUAAAUGAGACUAGUUUUACAGUAACUGUACUACAAUAUUUAGUCUUGUAUCCAAUAUUUAAAGUGUCAUACUAGUGUAUUCAACCAUCACUGGUUUUUGGAUCACUUGGUGAGCCCUCUCAUUGAGUCUUAGUCUCUUAGAUUUGUGCAUGCUUCAAUAAAAAGUAAAUGGGGUUGUUUGACACAUGGACUCUCUGCAAGUUUGCAAUUAAUCAAAUUAUAAUAAACACACAGUGGAUAUUUGACUUAUAAUGAUUGAUGUACCACCAACUGUUUACUAUUCAUAUUGUUGUAGAAAACUCAAAGAUAAAAAGUAUCAAGUUUUAUAAAAUUAUGAAUUAUAUGUUGUGCUCGAAGGCCAUAUUAG